AUGGCAGCAACCCAACCAAACAUUAUCUUUAUUAUGGCGGAUGAUCAUGCAGCAAAGGCUAUCAGCUGUUACGGGGCCGGAAUAAACGAAACACCAAACCUUGAUCGAAUCGCCAAUGAAGGCAUGAGGUUCAACCAUUGUUACGUUACGAAUUCCAUCUGUACACCAAGUCGGGCGGCCAUCAUCACCGGAACUCACAAUCAUGUCAAUGGGGUGUUAACCCUUAACUACAAAAUCAACAAUGUUCUUCCAAUGGUGCAAAAACAUCUGAAGCACGCUGGCUAUCAAACUGCAAUGAUUGGUAAAUGGCAUCUGGGCGAAGGACCCGCACAUGAGCCUCGCGGGUUUGACUUUUGGGAUGUCCUCCCUGGCCAAGGCCUCUACUUUGACCCGAUCUUCAUAGGACCCAAUGGCCGACACAUGGAGAGAGGAUACGUCACCGAUAUCAUCACGGACAAGACACUCGAUUUCAUUCGUAACCGAGAUACGACAAAGCCAUUCUUUGUCAUGUGCCACCACAAAGCCCCUCAUCGGUCUUGGGAGAAUCAUCCUAAGCAUAACUCGCUCUACCAGGAGGACAUUAAGGUCCCAGAGAGUUUCAACGACGAUUAUAAGAAUCGAGCAAAAGCUGCAGCUGCGGCAAAGAUGCGAGUCACCGAGGAUUUGAGAUAUAAUGACCUUGGACUUUGUCAACCCGAAGGCGGAUCUGAAGUUGGCGAGUUGGAUGAGCCAAACUUUCCGCAAAGACCGGAUCGCAAGAUUCCAUUCCCCGAAGAUGUGUCGUCAAUGGUCUUGAUUGACAAACUGACGGGCGAGAAUUUUCGAUUCAAAACUCAGGAUGAAUUGCGCCACUUCAAGUAUCAGCGAUAUAUGAAGCGAUACUGUCGCACCGUUCACUCUGUUGACGAGAAUGUCGGUCGAAUCCUAGAAUACGUUGAUAGUCUUGGUAAGGAGGUGGCAGAUAAUACGAUGAUUAUCUAUACAUCCGAUCAGGGUUUCUUCCUCGGAGAUCACGGAUGGUUUGAUAAGCGCUUUAUCUACGAAGAGUCGUUCCAGAUGCCGCUGCUUAUCAAAUAUCCCAAGGAAAUCAAGCCUGGCUCUAUUUGCAACGACAUCGUAUCAAAUGUCGAUUUCGCGCCUCUUUGGUUGGACCUUGCAAACUAUCCGAUACCUUCAUACAUGCAAGGCUUCUCGUUUAGGAAGCUUCUCCAGGGAGAAACACCAGAGAACUGGCAAAAGGUAGCAUACCAUCGGUAUUGGAUGCACAACGACUCACCACAUGAAUGCCGGGCGCAUUAUGGUGUCCGAAAUCAGCGCUAUAAAAUUAUCUACUGGUAUAACAAGGACUUCAAGUUGGCCGGCACAAGGCCUGGUGGAGAGCCGCCCGAGUGGGAGCUGUUUGAUUGUGAGAAAGAUCCACUAGAGCUUCUCAACCAGUAUCACAAUCCUGAAUUUGCGGACGUUGUGAAAGAGAUGACUAGGCUACUGGAAGAAAAGAUGGGAGAGAUUGGUGAUGUGUGGGAUCACUAA